GUGGGGCGGCGGGGGCCCGGGCCCCGUCCCAAACAAGAGAGCCUCCCGAUGGGUACGCUCGGCUCGGGCCUGCUCGCCAGUGUAGUGCCAUCGGCGGUACGUACCCGACCCGAGCGAGGCGGAGCGAGCGGAGAGGAGUGAGCACGACAAGCAGACAGCACCAAGGCCCCGGCUGGAGGGCCUGGAGCGCGCCUGGAGAACGCCUGGAGAGCGCUGCAAAGAGACUCCAGCAGAAACACAGCACAGCGGCGCCAUGGGACAGCAGCCGACGGAGAAGCAGAUCGAGUCCGAGGUGGACGCCAUCCGGCAGUGGCUCGCCAAGCAGCCGCACCUCCCGGGUGACACCAUCAGUGACAACCUCUUGCGGCGCUUCCUGCACAGCUGCGACCACUCGGUGGAGCGCUCCAAGACCGUCCUGGAGCUCAACUGCACGCUGCGCAACGCGGCGCCAGAGUUCUUCAGCCAGCGCGACCCGCUGCAGCCCAACGUGCAGGCGGCCUUCGACGUCGUCGACGUGAUCCCGCUGCCCAAGCGCACCCCGGAGGACUACCAGGUGUUCCUCUACCGCCUCAGCGACCCCGACCCGGACAAGCUCGUGUACAACGACUACGUCAAGAUGCUCCUCCUGGUCGCCGACGCGCGCAUCGUCAGCGAGACCAACAUCCCCGCCGGGGACGUGCCCGUCUUCGACCUCAAGGACGUGUCGCUGCGCCACCUGGCGCGCGUCGUGCUCCCCAGCCUCCGGAAGUACAUGCAGUACUUCCAGGAGGCUCACCCCGUCAAGCUCAAGCACAUCCACAUCAUCAACGUGCCGCCCAUCAUGGACAAAAUCAUGACCCUCGUCAAGCCGCUGACGCGGAGAGAAGUGUCCUCGAUGAUCCACUAUCACCCGCCCGGCGACCCCUCCUUCUACGACUUCGUGCCGAAAGAACUGAUGCCCAAAGACUACGGGGGAGAUCAGCCCAGCUGCGCAGAGCUGAAAGAGGUUUGGAGGAAGAAGGUGAUCGCGCACCGCGACUUUUUCCUGGACGAGCGCACGUGGAAGGCCGAGGAGUCCAAGAGAGUCGGAGGUCCCAAAAGCAACUUUGGGGUCGAAGGGUCUUUCCGGUCCUUGGCCAUAGACUAGAACUUACAACAGACAUGAGAUGUUUGGGUGCAAACAUCAAUUUUCAUUAAGGGAAAUGCCUUUCUCUCCAAUACAUGCUCUUCCUUGUGAGUUUCAUUUCAUGCAAAUACAGACUGAAGUAUUCAUAUAGAUAAUAAGAUUUUUAUUUUAAGACAGAAUAAAAAAUAAAUGUAUGCUAUUAA